GAAUGAACGAGUUUCACGACCUUCCGGGCUUCCGUAGACAGCAGGAGCGAAAAGACCUGCCCGCUGCCUCAGAGCAUCCUUUUUCCUUGCUUUCUUAUCGUCCUCACCAAAACACAGCGGGAUGACGGAAAAUCAAGAGGACAGCGUCUCUCUGCUCGCCGGUUUGCGGUCGAAUAUCAUCACGGGUUAAGUUAGCCGUUCGGCUAGCGUAAUGCUACACAACAUGAGGCUUUCUCCUGACGAGGAGCACACAUAAUAGCCUGCCUCUGGAAGCGAAAAGAAUAUACUUAUCCCUCAGAGCGAGCUGGGCUCAGUCUCCAGCUCCUAGUGCUUUUUUUUUUUUAAAAAACAUUUCUGGCAACAAAUUGCUCAGUGACAGUUUGUUUUUAUCAGUUUAAUAUUUUGCUCGGACGAAUGAAACCAGUGGCUCUCCUGUGAGGAAGAUGCACAGAUAGAAGUGGUCGCUUGACAACAUCAAGGUGCCUAAGUCUUUCCUGGUUUAAGUUUACUCGCAAAGGCAACAGUAGUUCAGAUACAGUACUGGAGAUGGCCAACCAACAGACUCAGACCUGAUGCCAAAAGAAGAGGACAUCUGGACUGGAAUAUCAGCUGAUCAUCUACUCUGAACUGAUGAAUGUUUGUUGUCAGCCUCCCGUUGUGCGGAUCACUUAUUAGUUGGGUGCUUUAAGUAAUAGUCCUUGGACUAAUUGGACUGGCUCUUGACAUUAUACCACAUGACUGCAACAGCAUCUUGACACCGCGAUAGUGACUAACACAACAUACGAUCGCCCAUAUCUGAAUGAAAUUUGGGCCUUAUAUCUUAGAUUACAGUGAAGGUAUCAUUAGUAGCUGGUUGCCAUAUCUGCAGUUGAAUACCUUAGAUUAAGCUUCAUCUCACCCAGGGAUCGAGACUGAUUAAUAUAUUUUAGUACUUUUGUCAUGCAGGGAAUCUGUGGAUGCACCACGAACAAGCUGGCAUCUCAGGCCGUAGGUGUAGCUGACUGUGUAGCCUCCCUGUUCACAGAUAUGACCCCAUGACCCCCAUAGAAGUCAGAUAGUCAGGUGUCAGCUAUUCAAAUGUCUUUAUCAGAGAUCUAAUAGCAGCUGAUAUUGCCAACAUGGCCAUCUGGAUGAUCGCAUGCGUGUAGCCGUGCCGACAUUGUCGUGGCUGGCCGUCGCAGGACGGUCAUCUUCCUCGGCCAUGACCCGGCUGAUGUUGGGCCGGACUCUGGAGCGCAUCUGUAAAGGCGUCCUGCUGCUCUGCCUGCUCCAUUUUCUCAUCAUGAUGAUCCUUUACUUCGACGUGUACUCCCAGCGCUUCGACCUCUUCAGCCGCUUCAACAACGGCCGCAAUGGAUCCAGGAAUAACGCCAGUGGAGCAGCUGGGAAUGGACAUCAUUUUUACUAUUACAACAUUUCCAGGCCCAAUGCAACAUUAGCCAGCUUCCUGGCCACAGGCGAGCAGCUGGUGGCGAGCAUGCAGCCCGAGACCAAUCAGACGCCAUCCCCCAAACCGCUGCCUCCAUGCCCUGAGAGCCCGCCCGGUCUUGUGGGGCGUCUGUUGAUCGAGUUCAGCUCCCAGAUGACGAUGGAACGAGUGCAGAAGGAAAAUCCCAACGUGACGGAAGGAGGCCGCUACACACCGCCUGACUGUCGGCCGAGAUGGAAGGUUGCCAUCAUCAUCCCGUUCCGUCACAGAGAAAACCAUCUGAAGUACUGGCUCCACUACCUCCACCCGAUCCUCAGGCGGCAGAGGAUUGACUACGGCAUUUACAUCAUCAACCAGUUGGGUGAGGACACAUUCAACCGAGCCAAGUUGCUGAACGUUGGCUACACGGAGGCUUUGAAGGACGCAGAGUACGACUGCUUUAUCUUUAGCGACGUGGACCUGAUUCCAAUGGACGACCGCAACCUCUACCACUGCUACGAUCAGCCGAGACACUUCGCCAUCGCCAUGGACAAGUUUGGCUUUAGGCUGCCGUAUGCAGGAUACUUUGGAGGAGUGUCAGGCCUCAGUAAAAAACAGUUUCUGAAGAUCAAUGGCUUCCCCAACGAGUACUGGGGCUGGGGAGGGGAGGACGACGACAUCUACAACAGAAUCACUCUGAACGGGAUGAAGGUGUCCAGGCCAGACGUUCGCAUCGGCCGCUACAGAAUGAUUAAACAUGAGAGAGACAAACACAACGAGCCCAACCCACAGAGAUUUAAUAAAAUACAAAACACCAAGAACACGAUGAAGAAGGACGGCAUCAGCUCUCUGACCUACAGACUGGUUCAGGUCAAGAAGUACCCUCUGUACACAAAUAUCUCUGUGGAGAUCGGCAAACCACCGCCCCGGCCUCUCAAGGGCUAGAGACAGAGGGAGGAAGAUG